AUGGCUCAGUAUGACCAACUGGAGGAUAAAGACUCGCUGGAUAUUCACAACGGUCCACACACACACACACACAUACUGCUCACUGUCUGUCAUCCUCAGGUGUAUUUUGUGUAUGAUGAAGAGGUUGAAGAAGAAGAAGAAGCUCCUCCUCCUCCCACCCCUGAGCCAGUUGUCCAGGUAAACGAAAGACCACACAAAUUCAAGGACCACUACUGCAAGAUACCGAAGUUUUGUGACGUCUGCGCACGAAUGAUUGUUCUGAAUAAUAAAUUUGCCCUGCGAUGCAAAAAUUGCAAGACAAACAUUCACUUGGGGGCUAUGAUGAUGAUGAUGAUCGAAGAGGAGGAAGCUCAACAGCCGAAAGAUGAUGAAGAGGGAGUUGAGGGAAAACAAGAUGGCGAUAAGAAAGACAAGACAGCAGCAGAUGACAAAAACAAGAAGCAGCAACAGACAUUCAGUCAGUCUCAUUAUUAUCUGGCUCUAUAUCGCUUCAAAGCCAUCGAGAAAGAUGAUCUGGACUUCCAUCCAGGAGAUCGGAUCACAGUACUGGAUGACUCUAAUGAGGAGUGGUGGAGGGGUAAGGUUGAUGAGAAGACGGGCUACUUGCCUAUGACAUACAUUAUCAGGGUACGUGCAGGCGAGCGGGCGUAUAAAGUGACACGCUCCUUUGUGGGAAACAGAGAGAUGGGUCAGAUCACCCUGAAGAAAGAUCAGAUUGUGGUGAAAAAAGGAGAGGAGGUGAAUGGGUAUCUGAAGGUGAGCACUGGACGAAAACUGGGCUUCUUCCCUGCGGACUUGCUACAAGAGAUCUGAAUGUAUGUCAUCGUCUGACAAUGAUGAAUCAUGAGAAGGUUGGACAG